GAAUGGUCGCUCUCCGUUUGGAUUACUCAAGAGUCAUGAGAAGAAAGAGUCAUGAGAAGAAGCUCAGGUAUGAAGGCGAAACUUGAAUGAUUUGUACAAGUUCAGAUAUCUCCCUUUACUGCUUUUCAAGCACAUUUUGACGUGAAAAUCAACGAGAAGUGAAGAUCAACGUGUGCCAAUGCGCAAUCGCUGCGCAAGGUUGACGCCCAUGAAUGCAUCAAAGAUGGCGUCUCAGCGUCGGCAAAUGAUGCAAAGCCAUCAGAGCUGGACAGAUGACCUGCCUCUGUGUCAGAUGUGUGGGGUGGGAACAGCCCCCAACUGUACCUACGGACCCGAUGGAAAGGACACCCAGAGCCACCCCAACGAGGACGGACACUUCAGGUUCAGAGGUGAGGAAGGCUGUUUCCUGUAUGGAGUGUUUAAUGGGUUUGAUGGGAGCAGAGUGUCCAGCUUCGUCUCUCAGUGUCUGACAGCAGAACUGCUUCUGGGACAGCUCAAGUCUACACACACUGACUCUGAUGUCCGCAGAAUUCUCUCACAGGCCUUCGACGUUGUAGAGAAGAGUUACUUUGAGACAAUCGGUGACGCUCUUGCAGAGAAGGCUACUAUUAUAUCCCAACUACCUGAGGGAGUAUCGUUCCACCAGCUCUCCCCCCAGAGUCAGAAGCUUUCUGAGAGGCUGAAGGACCUGGAGCAGGAAGUGUCUGGUGGAGCUACCGCUGUUGUGGCUCUGAUACACAACAACAAGCUCUACAUCGCCAACGUGGGUACCAACCGGGCCCUGCUGUGUAAGUCAACCAGCGACGGUCAGAACCAGGUGAUCCAGAGGACACCUCACACCACAGAGAACGAGGAGCUCCAGAGACUGGCUGGGCUGGGUCUUGAUGUGUCUGGUCUUCGUCAGGCGGCUCUGAUAGCUGGUCAGAGCAGCACCAGGAGGAUUGGAGACUACAGGGUUAAAUAUAACUACACAGAUAUAGAUCUGUUGAGCGCCGCCAAGAACAAGCCAAUCAUAGCAGAGCCGGAGAUCCAGGCCAGCCAAUCGUUAGAGGGUGUGACAGGCUUCCUGUUGCUGAUGUCAGAGGGGCUCAUCAAAGCCCUGGAGUCCGCCCACGGACCUGAACAGGCCAAUCAGGAGAUGGUAGCGAUGGUAGCAGCAGAACUAGCCCAACAGGGAAGCCUGGAGGCCGUGUCCCAGUCGGUGGUGGAGAGGGUCAAGCGGCUACACCACGAUGUCUACGCCAGCGGACGCCAGAGAGCGUCCCACUGCUCCCGUCACGAAGACAUGACGCUGCUGAUACGCACACUCAACUACACGCUGGCCGACGGCGCACUCACACCCACACAGGGUGGUCGUAUCUACCCAGUGUCGGUGCCCUACUCCAACUGCCCCAGCAGCACCAGUAAGACCAGCGUCACCCUCUCCCUGGUCAUGCCCUCUCAGGGGGGUACCCUCACCAACGGGACCAACACAGCCUCUACUCUGGAGGAGGGCACACCCACACACACACCUGGCCAGAGUCCCACCACCACGCUCCAUUCCACCAAUAACCAGACCACCCAGAGCUCCAGCUCGUCUUCAGGAGACGGAGGCAGCCUCUUCAGACAGCGUGGCAGCCAGGUGGUGCAGCCAGACGAGACCGGACGGGUCCCUCCCUAUGUUGACUUCACCCAGUUCUACCGGCUGUGGGGGUCGGACCACGGAGACUUCCUGGGGACACAGGGGGCCUCAGCUGGGCUGGGGCCUCAGUGAUGGAGGGGGACAAGAUUUGGGGUGAAGAGAGUGAUAACUGCUCUUGAAGGAGGGAGGUAUAGGAAUGUAUUGGAGGGGUUGUGUGAUGGAUUUUGGUGGUGUUGUGGAGAUUUGGAGCUGAUAAGGCAUCCUUAGGCAGAAACGGAUUUCUAUUUUUUUACUUUAUCACGACUAUUCCUUUUCCUACAGCUGAUACCGUGUUUAUUACACACCUAAAGGUAAUGUUAUUGAUGGGUCAGGUCAGGUGGACGACAGGUAUGCUGGAAGGAAAGCUGAUCUAGCAUCAGUUUUUGCUUUAGAUAGCAAUGAAUACGAUUAUAUGGACAGGGGUGACCUGAUCCUAGGUCAUUGCUCUUACUCUGAAAUGCUUGAUACGGCCCCAGAUCAACCUGAAUGGACUGAAUUCACUCCCAACACAGUCAGUGACUGUUUGUUGGCUGGCGUUUAACUCCUGUUACCUGCUCUUUGUCUGUCUGUGAACAAGGGAAGGAGGAGAGGGGGAUGAAUGAUGUGGGGUUAUCAGUCUGUCUGUGAACAAGGGAAGGAGGAGAGGGGGAUGAAUGAUGUGGGGUUAUCAGUCUGUCU